UUCAUAAAAACACGACUGUAGAGCCUGGGUCAAUCCAUUACUGUGAAAGAGCAGUGACCAAUAGAAAGGGGAGAAGAAGAUCCAAGAAGACUGAGCGAACUUCAGACCCAGACACAGGACUCGACGGUAUAUUUCCUGGACAGCAAGAUACUAUAAUGGCAACCACAGUCUGUUUCAUCAUCUGGGUGGUAUUCAUAACAGGCUCAGUGUGGACUCGGACUGUGAGACAGGUCUAUGAGUUACAUGAUCCAGAAGAUUGGAAUGAGCAAGACUUUGAUUGUCCCAGGGAAUGUUUCUGUCCCCCCAGUUUCCCUACUGCUUUAUAUUGUGAAAAUCGUGGUCUCAAAGAAAUCCCUGCUAUUCCUUCAAGGAUCUGGUAUCUUUAUCUUGAAAACAACCUGAUAGAAACAAUUCCCGAGAAGCCAUUUGAAAAUGCCACCCAGCUGAGAUGGAUCAAUCUCAAUAAGAACAAAAUAACCAACUAUGGAAUUGAAAAAGGAGCCCUGAGCCAGCUAAAGAAGCUGCUUUUCUUAUUUCUGGAAGAUAACGAGCUAGAGGAGGUACCUUCUCCAUUGCCAAGAAGUUUAGAACAAUUACAAUUAGCCAGAAACAAGGUGUCCAGAAUUCCUCAAGGCACCUUCAGCAACCUGGAGAACCUGACCCUUCUUGACCUGCAACACAAUAAACUACUAGACAACGCCUUUCAAAGAGACACCUUUAAGGGACUUAAGAACCUCAUACAGCUAAAUAUGGCCAAGAACGCCCUGAGGAAUAUGCCACCAAGAUUACCAGCCAACACAAUGCAACUGUUUUUAGACAACAAUUCCAUUGAGGGAAUACCAGAAAAUUAUUUUAAUGUGAUUCCUAAAGUGGCCUUUCUGAGACUAAACCACAACAAAUUAUCAGAUGCAGGUCUCCCUUCAAGUGGUUUUGAUGUGUCAUCCAUUCUAGAUCUCCAGCUGUCUCACAAUCGGCUCACAAAGGUCCCCAGAAUCAAUGCCCACCUGCAGCACCUGCAUCUUGAUCAUAACAAAAUUAAGAAUGUGAACGUUUCUGUGAUAUGCCCUACCCCUGCCACACUUCCUGCAGACCAGGACUCCUUCAGUUAUGGACCUCACCUGAGCUACCUUCGACUGGACGGAAAUGAAAUCAGAUCACCAAUCCCAAUGGAUUUAAUGACCUGCUUCAGGCUCCUUCAGACUAUCAUCAUUUAAACACAUUUUCAACAUUCUAAAAUUGGUUUAAUUAACAAGCUAAUAUUUCUGACAUGAAAUGUGGAUAACAUUUAUGGGUUUAAAACAAAAAAAAAAUCACACUUCCAAAGGCUCUUGGCCACCAUUUUCAUCUGUGCAGUUUUCCAUUUAAAGACGUUUUCACUGAUGAUGUGUAGGACAGCCUACCUUUCUAAAGAAAGAAAGCAGACACAGAGUUAAGUAGUUUCAACUCAAAGAUAAUUCUUUUUUUGUCUCUUUCACAGCUUAUUAAUACCAAAUAAUGCAAUUACAUUGUUGCAGCAUAGAAGGAACAUAUUUCUAUAUGUUCGAAAGUGCUUAUGCAGAUACUAUAUUUACAGUGUAAAUAUAGUAACAGAACAGGAGGUAAGGCGAUCUGAAGAAAAUUUAAAAAUGAGAUCUUUGUCAUAAUUAUAAAGGAAUAAUUAAAUUCAGAUAGCUAAGUAGCUUUUGUAGGUAAAAGUUUAAUAUUUAGCUCAAGAAUGAGUAUGAAAUACAUCAAAUACAUCAUAAUGAGUCUUAGCCUUUUAAUACCAAAUAACAGAGCAACUGCCACUUUUAGUUUACUACUAUUUUCUAUAGCAGCUGUUUUUAGAUAUAGUACAAUGUACUCCAGUAAUUAAACUUCUGAGUUUUUUACACUUAUCAUAACACAUUCCAACAGAAUCUUAAUAUUUUAACAUUUGAAAUCCACUUGAAUUGCAAUGUUCAGCUCAUAUAUUUGUUGGUGUUUGGGGGAUUUAAAAAAAUAAAAAGAGUAAUGCUUUCUAACAAACAAGUUAAAAAUAUUUAUUUCAGGGACAUUACUCACAAGUUUUAUUAGAAACACAUUUUAAUAGAGAAUGUUACAGUAACAAUUGUUUCCACUUUUCUAGCAUGGCUAUAUUUUCCCACUUUGUAUCUCCUUUUCUUAUAGUAAACAUGAGAGAAAAUUCAUACUCUAAGUAUCUGACAUAAUACACCUGUUUCUCAUGAGUUAAAAAAAAUUAACCCAGAAUUUUGUUAAGUAACAAAGUAUAGUUUACUUCAGACUUGUGGUUUUGUAAGACAUAUGCUAUAAGCAAUAAAUAUUCCAUUGACACUAA